AUGGCUAGUGGAGCUUUCCUUAAUGGCUUCAUUAACGUUGUCUUUGAAAGGUUGCUCACAAUGGAUACGGUCAACCAGGUCUUGGGCAAGAAGCUUGACCCUGGCUUGGCUGAGAGGCUGAAAAUUUCUCUAUAUGCUGCUGAAGCUGUGCUUGAUGAUGCUGAGCACAAGCAACUGGGCGACGAUCGUGUGAGGGAUUGGCUCAACUGUCUGAGAGAUGCUGUUUAUGAUGCUGAUGACUUUCUGGACGCUCUACUCACCAAAGCCGCCACGCAAAAGGAGGUAUAUUCUUUGUUGCCUAGUUUCUUCCUCAACCGACAUAGGAAGAUGGUAGAUAACAUGGAAGGGGUGGUUUCAAGAAUAGAAUUUCUUGUAAGUCAAAAAGAUAUCCUUGGCCUUCAAAAGACUACCAAGGAUAAUAACUUGUCAUCAUCAUCAUCAUCGUCAUCAUGGCGAGAAACCACAUGUCUGAUGGAAGGUAACAUAUAUGGCAGGGAGGAUGAUCAACAAGCUCUAAUCAAAACAAUAAAUGACAACAGUGAAUCUCAGUUAUCUGUGAUUCCUGUUGUUGGCAUGGGUGGGGUUGGUAAAACAACCUUAGCCAAAUGGGUGUACAGUGUCGUGGAAGGAUUUGAUCCAAAAGUAUGGGUCUGCAUCUCUGAAACAUUUGAUGUUGCUGAUAUUACAAAGAAAACCAUUGAGGACAUUACUAAAAAUUCUUGUGCCCUCGGGACUUUAAAUUCGCUACAAAAUAAACUGCAGGAAGUCUUGUCAGGAAAGAAGUUCUUUAUUGUUCUAGACGAUGUCUGGAGCGAUGAUGCCGAUAAGUGGAAGCAAUUUAUAACUCCUUUUCACUGUGGGGCUAAGGGUAGUACAAUUCUUCUUACAACUCGCAUUAAAGAGGUUGCUUCAGUCGUUCAGACAUGUUCCUCCUACUUUCUUAAUGAGUUGUCGCAAGAUUCUUGUUGGUUAUUGUUUGCAGCCAAUGCAUGUUUUCCGGAGUCAAAUGGGAACCCAAUGCUAGAGGAUAUCGGUAGACAGAUUGUCAACAAGUGUAAGGGCUUGCCAUUAGCUGUAGAAACACUUGGGCGCUUGUUGCAAGGAGAGGAUGAUGCUGAAGAAUGGAAUGCUGUUUUAAGGAGUGACAUCUGGGAAUUUCCCAUGAAAGAUAGUAAAAUUAUUCCAGCAUUGUUAAUAAGCUACUUCCAGCUACCUCCUUACUUGAAGCGUUGUUUCGUUUAUUGUUCCUUGUUUCCCAAAGAUCAUGAGUUUGAGAAAAAUGAACUAGUUUUGCUGUGGAUGGCUGAAGAUCUUUUAAGGCUACCUAAGAGAGGAGAGAGUUUAGAAGAGGUUGGUUGCAAGUGUUUUGAAGAAUUAGCUUCAAGGUUAUUUUUUAAACAAGAAUGGUGUUUUCAUAAGAUGCAUGAUCUCUUGCAUGACUUGGCAAUAUUCCUUGCUGGAGACUUCUAUGGUAGAAUAGAAGAGCUUGGUGAACAAGAAAAGAAGAAGCUGCCUAAUGUAAUUAACUUCAUAUUUGAUUCAAUAAUUAACUUCAUAUUAUGCAUCACAUGCUUUUAUUAUAUACGAAAAAUAUAA